CUUCAGCUUGGGUGACAGAGCGAGACUCUGUUUCAAACAACAAAACAACAAACAAAACCUUUGGAAGCCCACGUCAAGUCAUUUAACCAUUAAGAAGCGCAUUUAUCUUUAAAAUUUGACUUUUAAAUGCCUCAAAGAAAAGUGAGCAGUAAAAAAUUAACUUGAGCUGUGAUUACUCUGUGAUUAUGUUUGCCUUAACAAUAAUGAAAAUAAGUUUAUAGUCUCUGAAUAUGCACCAAAUGAGCCAGGGUGGGAGUAUUAGGACAGACCCCCCACCGCAGAGCCCCCAGCUCUCUCGUGGACCGAGCUCACAGGACACAGCCAUUUGGAAAGCUUUUUCUUUUGGAGUGGGACUGGGUGUUCUGAGUUUGGUUUGCUUGUGACAUCAUUUUGUGACGCUGACACCUGCUCUUCAGAGUGCACCCUUGCCUUGCUUGCUUGAAGCUGGAACACGAAUUCAUCACCCUGUAGUAACAGGGAUUCGCCGUCUCCGUGAGGCUUAGCCUGGAAGUGGAAUCUCCAGGGAUCUCCUGUGGUCUGUCUGCCACUUUAUACUGUUGCUGUCAUUUCAGUCACUGAGGCCCUGUCCCUGGUCCUGCAGGGACAUGGUGCUGCCCUAUAAGCUCUCUCCUCCAGAUAGCAGUGGCAGUGGCAUUUGCAAAAAGGCUAUUUGAUAACAAAGAAAAUCAUCAAAGCGAAGAUGAUAUUAAAACAGACCUCAUUUUUCAGAGUCCAUGUUUUUUUCUGGUCUGUGCACGCCAGCUCACUUUGGCUAAAACCCGGGAGAGCGGGGAGUUAGUUUUGCAAAAGUGCUGAUCGCACAGCUGUGCUCCAAAUUAACCAGAAUACAAGAACUGAAAAAGCCUGUGAGAUACUGAUGCUCGUGAUUGCCAGCUCCAGGAGGGGAGGUUUUCAGAUGAACACAAAAACGAGGCUCCUCCCGUCCCGAGGUGAGUGAUGAUAACACUGUCAUAAUGUACUCACGCUCACUCCAUUCCCUCCGGGAUGACUGUCUUCAGUUCUACAGCUGUGGCCACCAUUCUUCACCUGAUAAACUCCCUGUCUCUCUCUCUC